CCCUGCAUCAGCCUUCCCCAUCGCCCCCACCCCUGGCCCCUCAGCAGAGCAGACGGUGGGGCUGGUCUACAACCAGGACACGGCUCAGUGGGAGUGUGUACCGGCAGCCGGCCGCCCAGCAGGGUGCCCCCCCCGGAGGCCUUAAGCCAAGAGAUGCCUGUGGACCCCCCCGACGAGGACUCACUCAAGAGACGUCUGUUGGAAUCUUCUCUGUUAUCCUUAUCUCGCUACGACAUGUCGGGAUCCAGAGACCACCCCAUCUACCCUGAUCCUGCCAGGCUCUCUCCCGCUGCGUACUACGCCCAGAGGAUGAUCCAGUAUCUGUCGAGGAGGGACAGCAUCCGCCAGCGCUCGCUGCGCUACCAGCAGAACCGCCUGAGGGCCAUGUCCUCCUCCGACUCCCCCAACCCCCCCAGCGCCAUGGACAACAGCGACGUGGACUUCGAGGAGCUCGAUGACACCGGAGAGAGAGCUCGGCACAGACUCUCGAAACGCCGCCGGAUGUCGGCGCCGUCUCUGGGUCGCUUCGUCCGCAGGCGCUUCCUCCUCCUGAGUACCUGCCCUACCGGGAUCUUCCACGAGAGAGGACAGCCCGGCCUGGCCACACACUCCUCCGUCACAGAGUUUGUGUUUCCAGGUGCGUCGAUCGGGGACGGCCAGUCUGCGGUAGCCAGCAACAUCGCUAACACCACCUACCGUCUGCAGUGGUGGGACUUCACCAAAUUCGACCUGCCGGAGAUCAGCAACGCCUCGGUGAACGUCCUGGUGCCAAACUGUAAAAUCUACAACGACGCGAGCUGCGACAUCUCUGCCGACGGUCAACUGCUGGCCGUCUUUAUUCCCAGCAGCCAGCGGGGUUUCCCUGACGAAGGAAUCCUCGCCAUCUACUCUCUGGCUCCUCACAACCUGGGAGAGAUGCUCUACACCAAGAGAUUCGGUCCCAACGCCAUCUCCGUGUCCCUGUCCCCGAUGGGCUGCUAUGUGAUGGUGGGCCUGGCCUCCCGCAGGAUCCUGCUGCACCCCACCACCGACCACAUGGUGGCGCAAGUAUUCCGCCUGCAGCAGCCCCACGGGGGGGAGACCUCCAUCCGGAUGGUGUUCAACGUGGUGUACCCCAUGGCUCCGGACCAGCGGCGCCACGUUAGCAUCAACUCUGCUCGCUGGCUGCCGGACCCCGGGAUGGGUCUGGCCUAUGGGACCAACAAGGGGGACCUGGUGAUCUGCAGGCCUGUGUUCUACCGGAGUGACGGUGAGAGCCCCGCGGAGUCGAGCAGCGAGCCGUUAUUCUCCGUGAACAACAGCGGGACGAGCCGGACCCGAGGGACUGAGAGGCCGGGUCCGCACCGCUCCGGCUGGAGACUGGACAGGGACAUGGGUCUGAUGAACGCCAUUGGUCUACAGCCGCGACACCCCGCCCCCUCUGUGACAUCACAGGGAACCCAGACGCCAAUCAUCCAGCUGCAGAACGCCGAGACGCAGACAGAGAGAGAGCUGUCGGACGCCCCCCCCCCCACAGCCAGUGUUCCUCCCGAGACUCCCUCCACCAGCGCAGCAGCCUCAGGGCCGGAGGAGGCUCCGAGCGGAGGAGCAGCCGAGAACAACACCUCCGACUCCUCAGACUCCCCCGGGGAGGACGCUCUGGCUCGGAUCCGGCGCCUGAUCGCUGAGGGCGGGAUGACGGCCGUGGUGCAGCGCGAGCAGAGCACCACCAUGGCCUCCAUGGGGGGGUUCGGGAACAACAUCAUCGUGAGCCACCGCAUCCACAGAGGCUCCCAGACCGGGGCCAACAGGGGGCUGAGCGGCCAAUCACUGAGCGGCCAAUCCCUGAGCGGCCAAUCACUGAGCGGCACAUCUGCAACCGGCCAAUCCCUGACUGGCACCUCUGCAACCGGCCAAUCCCUGACCUCCACCUCUCUAGUGGACAUUGACGACGUUUUUGAGGGAGGGAGGACGAAUGAAGACUCUCUGCCAGGGCCCUCCUCCUCCUCCUCCUCCUCUUCUUCAUCUUCCUCCUCCAUGCUGCUGUCCUCCCCUCCCCCAUCCUCCUCCUCCUCUCACAGCGGAGGGUGCGGGGCCUCCAGUGGUUACCCAGGCGACCCGUACAGCAGGUAGUGCUCUGAUUGGCCGAGAGCAACCGAGCGACGGCCGCUAGCAGAGAGCUCCUCAAAGCCUUAUCUUAUCUCCCCCAAUACUGAACUCUGAGUGGCAUCGAGAGGUUAAGCCCCGCCCCCAUGUGGAGGACCACCAUGGAACUUUCCGGAUUAAUUGACGGUAGAUAACGGUGCAUUUGAACACCGUAUCAUACGAUCAUGAAAACACUUUUACCGUCAAUAACAACGAAAUGAAAAAGCAUCAGGUUUCUGAAAAAGCAUCAGGUUUCAGAAACAAACGUAGAAACAAUAACGUGUAAUUCGUGGCUUAGUUACAAUAAAGACAUGACUCUCUUUGCCCGUUAUCUACCGUGCAUAUUUUCUCCGGUACUGAUCUCUCAUUGGUGCAGGGGGGCAGGAAGGGGCGGGGCUUCCGUGUGGGCGUCACUUCCUCUGCACUUAUAAACUGGACUGAAGCUGAACCGCGAUCAUUCCUCGUCAGAAAGGGCUGUUAAUCGAACAGUUAGCGCUGCCGCCACGACUCUGUUAGCAUCAUGGGGGGGGGGGGCUUUAUCAAAGUGCCAUGUCUGCAGGUGGGGGGGGGCUCUACACACACAUUUACUCCAACGUGCUGCAUUAAGGUGCCAUGUGAUGUUGAAAUUUGAUGUGAAAUAGUGCGUGAUUGAAGUGUUAAAGGUGAAUUCAGCACUACUUUAUCUGAAGCCUGUUUUUGUACCAUGUGUAAUUAUUAUGAUGUUUGAAAAGAAGAAAAAUGGAGGCUGCACGCGUCUGAGGGCCGGACUCUGCAUCCUGAACCAUGACUCAGCAUCAUAACUGAACCAUGACUCAGCAAAAAUAACUGAACCAUGACUCAGCAAAAAAUAACUGAAACAUGACUCAGCAACAUAACUGAAACAUGACUCAGCUAAAUAACUGAAACAUGCCUCAGCAAAAAUAACUGAAACAUGACUCAGCUAAAUAACUGAAACAUGCCUCAGCAAAAAUAACUGAAACAUGACUCAGCAAAAAAUAACUGAAACAUGACUCAGCAACAUAACUGAAACAUGACUCAGCUAAAUAACUGAAACAUGACUCAGCUAAAUAACUGAAACAUGCCUCAGCAAAAAUAACUGAAACAUGACUCAGCAAAAAAUAACUGAAACAUGACUCAGCAAAAUAACUGAAACAUGACUCAGCAAAAUAACUGAAACAUGACUCAGCAA